AUGGCUUGGUUCCUGCAGGCUGUCGGAGGGAAGCCUCGAUGCAUAGCAACGUCUUAUAACAGGUUAAACAAUCCUACCUUUUAUGAUGGCUUUAAGAAUUCCCGUUUUGAGAUUGUCGGUGGCAAACAGGAAUUCCACCUUAAGAUUUCUGACACAAAGCCAGAAGAUGUUGGUACAUAUUACUGUGGAAUAACAUUUUUAAACCAUCUGAUGUUUGGAAACGGGACCUUUUUAAUGCUUACAGGAUCUGAGUCUAACAGCAGGACAGUAGUGCAGCAGCCCGUGUCUGAGCCACUGCAGCCAGGAGACUCUGUGACUCUGCAGUGUACAAUAGACACUGAGACCUGUGCAGGAGAACACAGUGUGUACUGGUUCAGACAGGGCUCAGGAGAGUCCUCUCCAGGAGUCAUUUACACCCAUGGAAACAAGAAUGAUCAGUGUGAGAGGAGCUCUGGGGCUGGGUCUCCUACACAGAGCUGUGUCUACAAGCUCCCCAAGAGGAACCUCAGCCUCUCUGAUGCUGGGACUUACUACUGUGCUGUGGCCACCUGUGGGGAGAUCCUGUUUGGAAACGGGACAGAGCUGUAUUUUAAGGAGACAGAAUUUGUGGCAAUAUGGAAUCCAGCAGUUCUUGCUUUGGCUUCAUCAAACAUCCUGUUGAUGUUUGUGAUUUUUCUACUUUUAUGUGCAUUAUGCAAGAAUAGAACUGACCGGCACCAUGAAGGCAGCAGGGGAACUCCCAGGGAACUGAGUCCUUCUGCUGCUCAGAAUCAGGAGACGGACAUGCUGAAUUAUGCGUCCGUGAGUUUCGCUCACCAAAAAGCCCCGAGACAAAGCAAAGAGAAGAGGAGCCGAUGUGCGGUGUACUCUGAGGUGAAAUACCAUCAGCAGGACUGA